CUCCGCCACCAUGUGCGCGCCAUCCCCACCCCUCCUCCUCGCCGGCGCCCUCUUACUGCUCGCCUCCGCGGCCACCGUAAACGGGGGCGACGGCCAGCAGCUCGCUCCCAAUGCCGCCGCCGGGGCCGGGCAAGGCAGGGAGAAGCCGGGCGCCGCCGGGGCCGGGCAAGGCGGGGAGGACUUCCAGGAAGUCGGCCUGAAGACGUACCUGAUCAUCGUGUGCCGCGCCAACGGGCCCAAGGGCGGCGAGGAGCUGAGGGAGUGGCACGCCUCGCUGCUGGCGUCGCUGCUCAACACCACCACCGACAUGGUCCUCCGCGAGGCGCUCUCCCACGUCGGCCCGCGCCUCGUCUUCUCCUUCCAGCACGUCGUCAGCGGCUUCGCCGCCCGCCUCACGGACCGCGAGGUGGCCGAGCUCUCCAAGCUGCCCUGGUGCGUCGAGGCGCUCCCCGACGCCACCCUGCGCCUCACCACCACCUACACGCCGGAGCUGCUCGGCGUGUCCACGCCGGCCACGGGCGCGUGGAGCGUGGCCGGGAGCAUGGGGGAGGGCGUCAUCGUUGGGAUUCUGGACAACGGCAUCGACCCCCGGCACGUGUCGUUCUUGGACGACGGCAUGCAGCCGCCGCCGGCCAAGUGGCGCGGCGGGUGCCACUUCGCCGGCGAGGCGCCGUGCAACAAGAAGCUCAUCGGCGGGCGGUCCAGGGCCCCGCAGGAGCACGGCACGCACACCUCCGGCACCGCCGUGGGCGCGUUCGUGCGGGACGUCCAGCUGCUCGGGGCCCCCGCCGGGGCGGCGUCCGGCAUGGCCCCGCGCGCGCACCUGGCCUUCUACGAGGUGUGCCUCGCCGACACCUGCUCCGCCACGGAGGUCCUCUCCGUCACGGAGAAGGGCGCGUUCCAGGACGGCGUCGACGUCAUCUCCAUGUCCAUCGGCGACGACACGCAGAAGCCCUUCUACAAGGACCUCAUCGCCGUCGGCAGCUUCUCGGCCGUCCUGUCCGGCGUCUUCGUCAGCACCAGCGCCGGGAACGCCGGCCCGCUCGAGCGCACCGUCACCAACUGCGCCCCGUGGCUGCUCACCGUCGCCGCCAGCACCAUGGGCCGCCGCAUGGUCUCCAGGGUGGAGCUCGGCAACGGGGUGGUGAUGGAGGGCGAGAACCUGAACCCGUACGAGCUCGUCAAGGACAGGCCGCUCGUCUUCAUCGCGGGCAUGUUCGCCGACGGCGCGCUCAGCGCCGUCGACGUCCGCGGCAAGAUCGUGGCGUGCCAGCGCAAGGAGGACCCGUUCAUGCUCGCGGAGAUGAUCCAGAAGGCGGGCGGCGCGGGGAUGAUCAGCUGGUCCGGCCCGAAGCGCGGCGCCGCGACCACGCCCGUGGACGACCUCACCAUCGCCGCGUCGCGGGUGACGCACGCCGACGGCGAGAAGAUCGUAGCGUACGUCAACUCCACGCCCAACCCCACGGCCACCCUCAGUUUCGCCGGCGCCGUGCUGAACCGAGUCGCCCUGCCGGCCAUCGCCGAGUACUCCUCGAGAGGGCCCUGCAACAUGUCCAGCGUCGGCGUGCUGAAGCCGGACAUCACCGGGCCCGGCACGGCCAUCGCAGCCUCCAUCCCCGGGGGCGCCAACGACACCGCGCCCACCAAGACCUUCGGCCUGCACAGCGGCACGUCCAUGUCCACGCCGCACCUGUCCGGGAUCGUGGCCAUGAUCAAGAAAGCGCGCCCGCAGUGGUCACCGGCGGCGAUCAAGUCGGCGCUGAUGACAACCGCCGACGUGACGCACCCGGACGGCACGCCGAUCGUCGACGAGACCAGCGGAAAACCAAACUGCUUCGCCAUGGGCGCCGGGUUCGUGAACCCGACGCGGGCACUGGACCCGGGCCUCGUCUACGACCUGGCGCCGGCGGACUACAUCCCCUACGUGUGCGGCCUCGGGUACAACGAGAGCGUGAUGAGCGAGAUCAUGGCGCAGCCGCUGCAGAACGUGAGCUGCGCCAAGGCGGGGAAGAUCCAGGGCAAGGACCUCAACUACCCGUCGAUCAUGGUGACGCUCACGCCGGGCGCGCCGGAGGUCGACGUCAAGCGCGCGGUGACCAACAUCGGGGAGCCCGUGUCGGUGUACACCCUGGAGGUCGUCCCGCCGGAGGGCGUCACCGUCGAGGUGGUGCCCAACGUGCUGACCUUCGGCUUAGUAAACCAGAGGAUGGAGUUCACGGUGAAGCUCAAGCGAGGCCCCAAUGCCGCCGCCGCUGGCACCGCCGAGGGCAGCCUCCGGUGGGUCUCCGGCAAGCGGUCCGUGCGCAGCCCGAUCGCCGUGCUCUUCGAACCACUGCCUAAUAAUAACUAACGAGCUAACUAGGAUCGUCUUC